CGGGCUCAAUUUCCCACGCCCCCCAGAUCGCAAACCCCACAUGACAUCCAUCUCGGCCUGCGAUUCACCGCGGGCGACGGGCGAUAGACGAGGAGCCAGCUACGUUUAACGGGGUGUGUUGUGUUGGAGCUCGGUUGCUCGUUGCCCUCGAAACCACCCUAAAAUCUUCUCAUCUCUUUUCCUUUUCCAAAGCCAACAAAAGAAAGAAAAAAAAAAGGCAAAAACACCCAGCAACGCCUCGCCGCAGCCAUGCCCUGCACCAACAUCCUCGCCGGCAAGACGGCCAUCAUCACGGGCGGCACGACGGGCAUCGGGCGCGCCAUCGCCCUCGGCUUCCUCCGCCAGGGCUGCCACGUCGCCGUCAACCACCUGGGGCUGGAGAAGGACCGCGUGCACCUCGAGUCGCUCGUGGCCGAGGCCGCCGCCCUCCAGUCCGCCGCGUCCUCAUCGUCGUCCGUCGGCCGCCUCACCCACCUGGCCGGCGACGUGCGCGACCCGGCAACGGGCACGGCGCUGGUCCAGCACGCCCUGGCAGCCUUCAACACGGGCCGGCUCGACGUGUGCGUCUCCAACGCGGGCGUGUGCGCCUUCGCGCCCUUUCUGGACCUGGGCGCCGACCUGUUCGCCGACACGGUGCGUACCAACCUCGACGGCGCCUUCUACGUCGUGCAGGCCGCGGCGCGCCAGAUGGCCCGGGGCCAGUCGCCGCCGGGGGGCUCCAUAAUCGGCGUCAGCAGCAUCAGCGCGCUCGUCGGGGGAGGCCUGCAGACGCACUACACGCCCACGAAGGCGGGCGUGCUCUCGCUGAUGCAGAGCACCGCGGUGGCGCUGGGCGGGCACGGCAUACGGUGCAACGCGCUGCUGCCGGGCACCAUCAAGACGCAGCUCAACGAGGCGGACCUGGCCGACGACGCCAAGCGCAGGUACAUGGAGGGCCGCAUCCCGCUCGGCCGCACGGGCGAGCCCGCCGACAUGGCCGGCCCGGCCGUCUUCCUCGCGUCCGACGAGCUGAGUGGCUACGUCACGGGCGCGCAGCUGCUGGUCGACGGCGGCCUGUUUGUCAACCUGCAGUGAGGGGGUGUUGUUGGUGACUGGGACGGAUCAUGUAGAUUAUAUGCAAGUGUGAAAAAUAUGGUUCGUGGGCACGGGUGUCUUUGCUUUCUGCGUCUCUUUUUCACUUGGCUCUGUAAUAUCUCCAUGGAAUUUAAUCGUGACGGCUCGCAAAAAAAUCAAGACAUUCAUGGGGUUGCCCCCCCCCCC